CUGGUUUCUAUAGCCCGCGGCGCCGGAGGCUGCUUUUCUGUGGAGUAAUAGAUAACAUCUGUUAUCUCUGAAGAUGCUUCUCUAAGGAACAAAUGGCAUUGGUUCCUCAGGUUUUUGUUGACCAUAUUCUAUUCGGACAUUGUGGAUUCUUGAAAGGACUUUGUUCUUAAUCAAAAAAACAAACUGAAGAAGAAAUGGCUGUUGGAUUUUGUAAAGUCAUGUCCCAGGGGUUGGUGACUUUCAAAGAUGUGGCUCUAGACUUUUCCCAAGAGGAAUGGGAAUGGUUGGACCCAUCUCAGAAGGAUUUAUACAGAGAAGUCAUGUUUGAAAACUACAGGAACUUGGUAUGGCUUGGCCUCUCCAUUUCUAAGCCCAACAUGAUCUCCUUAUUGGAGCAAGGAAAGGAACCUUGGAUGGUGGAAAGAAAGAUGUCACAAGAUCAGUGUGCAGACUGGGAGUCAUGGUGUGAAAUGAAGGAAUUGUCUCCAAAAUUGUUCAUUGAUGAGGAAGAAAUAUCCCAGUGCAUGGUAACAGAAAGACUCACAAGUCAUGGCCUUGAAUGCUGCAGUUUCAGAGAAGGCUGGAAAUAUGAGGGGUUUGAGUGGUAUCGGAGAAAUCAGGAGAGCCAUUUCAGGCAAAUGACAACUCUUAAGGACAUCUCUACUGGGAAAAGACACAAUGAAUAUAAUUAUUCUGGGAGAAGCCUCCCCCUGAAGUCAGUACUGUUAGCACAACAGAGAAUUCCCACAGUAAAACAAGCCCAUAAAUUUGAUAUAUAUGAUAAAUUCUUCACCCAAAAUUCAGUUAUAAUUGAAUAUGAAAGACUCCAUGCUAAGAAGGAAUCUUUGACAGGUAAUGAAUAUGAAGAAUUGAAUCAAAUUACUCACUUUAAUAAAGAUACACGAAUUCCUUCUGGUGAGAAACCUUAUAAAACUAAUAAUUUUUCAAAUUUCUUAAGUAUCCACUCAUUAUUUACUGAACAUCCAACUCAACGUAAUCAUUUUGGAAAAUUACCCCAUGAAUAUGAUGAAUGUGGUGAAGUCUUAAGCUGUUACUCAUUCUUUAAUCAACCUCAGAGAAUUCACAGUGGAGAGAAAGCAUGUGCAUGCAAUGACUGUGGGAAAGCCUUUAGCCAUGACUUCUUUCUCAGUGAACACCAAAGAACUCAUAUUGGAGAGAAGCCAUAUGAAUGUAAAGAAUGUAACAAAGCCUUCAGGCAGAGCGCUCACCUGGCUCAGCACCAGAGAAUCCACACGGGAGAGAAACCCUUUGCAUGCAAUGAAUGUGGGAAGGCCUUUAGCCGUUAUGCCUUCCUUGUUGAACAUCAGCGAAUUCACACAGGAGAGAAACCAUAUGAAUGUAAGGAGUGUAACAAAGCCUUCAGACAGAGUGCACACCUUAAUCAGCACCAGAGGAUUCACACUGGAGAGAAACCCUAUGAAUGUAAUCAGUGYGGAAAGGCCUUCAGCAGACGCAUAGCCCUCACUCUUCAUCAAAGAAUUCACACAGGAGAGAAACCCUUCAAAUGUAAUGAGUGUGGGAAGACUUUUGGCUAUCGCUCACACCUUAAUCAACAUCAGAGAAUUCAUACCGGAGAAAAGCCCUAUGAGUGCAUCAAGUGUGGCAAGUUUUUCAGGACUGACUCACAGCUUAAUCGACAUCAUAGAAUUCAUACUGGAGAGAGACCAUUUGAAUGCAGUAAAUGUGGGAAAGCCUUCAGUGAUGCUUUAGUUCUAAUUCACCAUAAGAGAAGCCAUGCAGGAGAGAAACCCUAUGAAUGUAGCAAAUGUGGGAAGGCCUUCAGUUGUGGCUCCUACCUUAACCAACACCAGAGAGUUCAUACAGGAGAGAAACCCUAUGAAUGUGAUGAAUGUGGGAAGGCUUUCCAUCAGAUCUUGUCCCUUAGACUACACCAGAGAAUUCAUGCUGGAGAGAAACCCUAUAAAUGUCAUGAAUGUGAGGAUAAUUUUAGCUGUGCCUCAGCUCUCAGACGACAUCAGCGAAUUCAUAAUAGAGAAACACUAUGAUAAUAACAAAUAUAGGAAAGAAAUCAUUUAGUCACCAUCCAGUCCUUAUCGAAUAUCAGUGAAUUCUGUUUGAUUAGUAAAGUCUACUAUGUAGUCCAUAUGAAAAAGCCUUUAGUUCACCAUCAUCCAUUAUUUGAAAUGACURGAGUAGUAGACUUUCUCCCCUGCUCAGUACCCCACCCUCAAUGCUUAUGAUUCUGAUGAAACUGUUAUUCAAGGACAGCAGUAGAUUGGUCACAGGCUGACCAAUUAUUUCCCCUCAACCUAGCUAUUAAUAAAAUAGCCCCUUCUGGACCAAUACAGUCCUUGAAGUAUUGUUAAGAGUAGUAAAAAAGAUAAUUUCUAUUUUUGGAAUUUCAAGCUUUGAGGAUUUAAUGGGGUUAAAAACUCACCAGUAGCCUUUGCCAUCCCAUGUGGAAAGCCUUCCCAAAGARAUUUCUAAUAGAGGAAAAUGGA